AUGGCCGAUGCACUUGUUUCAGCAGUUUUGCAGCAGCUAACAGCCGUUGUUUACCGAGACAUUGAGAAAGAGGUGACCCUUGUUGUGGAUGUAAGGAAAGAAGCCCAGAAGCUGAAAACAACUCUCCAGACUCUCCAAGCAGUGUUGAUGGAUGCGGAGAAACGGCAAGUUAAGGAGGCAGCUGUUAAACUCUGGUUGGAAAAGCUUAAAGCCACCUCAUAUGACAUGGAUGAUCUGAUUGAUGACUGGAACACCUUUGUUCUUAAAUUCCAAGUUCCAAACAACAAGGUUUGUUUUUGUAUGCCAUCCCCGUGCUUUUUUUUCCGCAAAAUUGUUCUUCAUCAUGAUUUCGCUGUCAACAUAAGGGAUUUGAAUAAAAGAUUCCAAGCGAUUGCCAUAGAAAAAGAUAUGUUCAGUUUUGAAUUAAAUAGGGGCAGUGGAGAACCUGAGCGGCCAGUUACUACCUCGUUUAUAGAUGUGUCCGAAAUUUAUGGUAGAGACCAAGAAAAGAAUGCUAUAAUUCGUACGUUGCUCUUCGAAAAUAGUCAACAACAAGGCCUUCCUAUCAUCUCUGUGGUUGGAAUGGGAGGGAUCGGGAAAACAACUCUUGCCCAAUUAGCCUACAAUGACCAGGAGGUGAAAGCAUUCUUUGAGAAAAGAAUAUGGGUGUGCGUCUCGGAUCCUUUUGAUGAGAUUAGAGUUGCCAAAGCCAUUCUUGAAGCUUUAACCGGAGAGGCCCCCAGUGUGGCUGAACUAGAGAGUUUGUUACAGAAGAUACAUCUAUCAAUCGAGAGGAAGAAGUUCCUUCUCGUUUUGGAUGAUGUGUGGACCGAAGAUCCCACGAAGUGGGAAUCAUUGAAACACUCUCUCAAGUGCGUAACUCCGGGAAGCAAGGUCUUGAUCACCACACGUAAGGAGAAUGUUGCGAAAAUCAUGGAGAGCACGAUGCUGUUCCCGUUGGGGCAACUGUAUGAGGAGGAAUGUUGGUCAUUGUUCAGUCAGGUUGCAUUAUUCGGAAGACCUGGUGGGGACCGCAAAGGUUUGGAGGAAAUUGGAAAGAAGAUAGCAAAAAAAUGCAAGGGCUUGCCGCUUGCUGCAAAGGUUCUUGGGGGACUCUUACGGUUCAAAAAGUCCAAAGAACAGUGGCAGAGUGUGUUGGACAGCGAGCUAUGGGAACUUGAAGAAGUAGAGAAAGGUCUUUUCCCUCCCCUGUUAUUGAGCUACUAUGAUUUGCCUUCAACCUUGAGGCAGUGCUUUGCAUAUUGUGCGCUGUUUAUAAAAGAUUCAGUGAUAGAGAAAGAUAAGUUGAUCAAAUUGUGGAUGGCCCAAGGUUUCUUCAGGGGAAUGUUACAUAAAGAGAUGGAGCUCAUUGGUGAAGAAUGCUUUGAUGACUUAGCCAUGCGCUCCUUCUUUCAAGACUUCCAAAAAGAUGAAAACAACAACAGUGUCAUGAAAUGCAAAAUGCAUGAUAUAGUGCACGAUUUUGCACAGUUUUUGACCAAAAAUGAAUGUCUUAUGCUGGCAAUGGAAGUUGUAAAAGAGCCUUCAAGGAUAGACUCUUACAAUGGAAAUCUUCGUCAUCUGGUUAUGGUGCUUGAGAAGGAGAGUCCAUUUCCUUCUUACAUUUACAACGUUGAAAGGCUUCGUAGCCUCUUAAUCAAGUCAUAUAACAAAAACAGUUCGAUCAGCAGAGCUUUGCCUAAGUUAUUUGAUCAAUUGAAAUGCCUAAGGAGUUUGGACUUGAGUUGGGGUUCGAUUAAAGAAUUACCAAAAGAGAUAGUGAAAUUGAUAAAUUUGAGAUACCUGAAGCUCAGCAAUAACCAUGAUCUGCUAGAAUCGCCAGAAACCUUGUGUGAUUUGUAUAAUCUACAGACUUUAGACCUAACGCGGUGUCGAAGACUUCAAAAACUCCCUUCUGGGAUUGGAAAGCUUCUGAAUUUGAGGCACCUUGAUAAUUGGGAGACGUUCGGGUUGAGAUCCAUGCCUAAAGGAAUGCGAAGACUAACAUGCCUUCGGUCAUUAAAGGAGGUAGUGGUGAGUGAUGGUUGCAAUGGCAACAAAACAUUUACCCUUGGAGAUUUGGCCAACUUGAGUUACCUUCGAGGGGAUUUAAAGAUACAAGGAUUGGGAAAUGCAGGAGAUGUGACUGAGGGUAGAAAAGCAAAACUGCAUAACAAGAAAGACCUCUUCGGUUUGACUCUGAACUUUGAUUCCAGUACUGCGAGAAUGUGUCUCGAAGAUAUGAUUCUUGAAGCCUUACAGCCACCUGGUAACGUGGAAAGGUUAGAGAUAAGGUGCUUCAAUGGACCCAUCUUGUUCCCCAGUUGGCUGAACUCAUCAGCAUUGGCCCAGCUGAGGCAUUUAACACUCGGCAAUUGCAGAAACUGGACUCUUUUGCCUCCCUUAGGAGAACUGCCUUCCUUAGAAUCACUCCAAAUAUCAAACAUGAACGGAGUGAAGAAAGUGGGGGAGGAAUUUCUGGGAUUAAGAAAAGAAGAGGGGCAAACAUCAACUCCUUCAUCUUCAUCACCUAUGAUUGCCUUCCCAAAUUUGAAAUCUCUUCGCUUCUCAAACAUGGUAAAGUGGAAACACUGGAUUAAUUGUGAAAUCCCAUCUACAGGAGUUGCAGAAAUGGAUAACGCAAUCAUGCCACAGCUUCAGUCCUUGGACCUUCAGAGUUGCGGGAAGUUAAAGGCUUUGCCGCACUACCUUCUUGGAUUGACAAGCCUAAAGGAACUGAGCGUUGAUUGGUGCCCUGUUCUUGCAGAAUACUGCCAAAAAGAGUGGCCCAACAUCUCUCGCAUUCCGAACAUCAGACUCGAUGGUGUUUAUGUUCAAAGAAGUAGCCAUUGAACUUCUUCUCAGGAUUCAGGAUAUAAUAUUUUCCAACUAUUGAACUGAUGGCAACUCGUUAUUUGGAGCACUGAUGUUGAUGAACUUGAAUGAAGAAGGUUGUAUCCUAAGCAGCAUUAUUAAAAGUGUCAAUCCCAUUGCGGAUCCUCAUAGCCAAUGAUGCAUGAAAUGCAGCACCAUAAGGAAGAACAUCUUCAUUGAUCAUAAGGUAGGGAGAGUAGACUGUUACGAGCAGCGGUUUGGUCACAUCUUGCACACCAGGCAUGAAGAAUGAUACGCUGGAAUUUCCUCUUGGUAAAAUGCAAAAUCCUCGGAUCCCAUCACUGGCUGCAUGUCUAUAACUUUGUCAGCACCAAGCAUAUCCCCUGCAACUUCCCAGAAGUGCUUGUGCAAGUCCUUGUUGUUUACAGUUGGAGGGAAAUCGGUAGCUGGAUUCUCUUUUUAAUUGAAAUCAGCAGUUGCAUUGCACCUAUAUGCAGUGGCUCUAAGUAGUAUUAUCUUCAAAAUACAGGAAAUCUAGAAAAUGGUAACUUGUGAACCUCUUUCAAAACCUUUAGUUGGUUACAAGGCUUUUCUUUUCUUUAA